UCUCAAGCUUCACCACUUUAUUUUCUUCUCCCCCAUCUCUUUCAAAUGGAGGGUUUUGCAGAGGUUUAACCCUGUAAACUUUCAUUCGUCAACAUGAGAAAACUCAGAAAUUCGAUCGCGUUGUUCUCUCUCCUCACUCGCCAGAGCUCAAGCUCUCUCUCUCCUCUCCGUUCCAAACUGCACUGUUCCGAUGCACCCUUCAACCCACUCACCAGACCCACCAACUUUGCAUUCACCCAGUUCCGAACCAUUGAUACCCUCGUUGAGAAACCCACUCAAAUCCCCACCAGGCAGCGCAAAAUCAUGGAAAGAUCGCAGCUCGAGGAAGCUUUCGAGGCGGCGGAAACCACCGAGCAAAUGCUCAAAGCGUUCAGGGACAUGGAGGGUGUUUGCAAUGAGAGAGAAAUUGGGUUGGCUGCUUUGAAGAUUGGACUCAAGCUUGAUCGCGAAGGCGAGGAUCCCGAAAAGGCUCUUUCAUUUGCUAAUAAAGCUUUGAAAGCAUUGGAUAAAGAUAACAACAACAACAAUAAUGCUUCUAUGCCUGUUGCUAUGACUUUGCAGUUGAUGGGGUCUGUUAAUUUUAGCUUGAAAAGGUUUAGUGAUAGUUUAGGCUACCUUAACAAGGCGAAUAGGGUGUUGGGUAGGUUGCAGGAUGAGGGUUUUAGUGCUGGUGAUGUUAGUCCUGUGCUUCAUGCUGUGCAGCUUGAGUUGGCGAAUGUUAAGACGGCGAUGGGGCGGAGGGAAGAGGCACUUGAGAAUCUUAGGAAGUGUUUGGAGAUUAAAGAGAUGACUUUUGAGGAAGAAAGUGGGGAAUUGGGCAAGGGAAAUCGCGACUUGGCUGAAGCGUAUGUUGCGGUUUUGAACUUUAAGGAGGCGUUGCCUUAUUGUUUGAAGGCGUUGGAUAUUCAUAUUAAGCUUUUGGGGCAGAACUCUGUGGAGGUUGCACAUGAUAGGAAGCUUCUUGGGAUUGUGUAUAGUGGGUUGGAGGAACAUGAGAAUGCACUCGAGCAGAAUGUUUUGGCGCAGAGGAUUUUGAAGAAUUGGAAUCUUAACUCUGAGUUGUUGCGCGCUGAAAUUGAUUCAGCGAAUAUGAUGAUUGCUCUUGGAAGAUAUGAUGAGGCUGUUGGUACUUUGAAGAAUGUUGCACAAAACACGGAUAAGGACAGUGAGACUCGAGCACUUGUGCUCAUUUCAAUGGCAAAAGCAUUGUGUUAUCAGGAAAAGUUUGACGAAUGCAAAAAGUGUUUAGAGAUUUCUCUUAGAAUUCUUGACAAAGGAGAACAGAGGACAGUGGAAGUUGCAGAGGCAUACUUAGAGAUAUCAAUGCAGUAUGAAACCAUGAAUGAGUUUGAAACUGCAAUUUCAUUGCUGAAGAGGACACUUUCUUUGCUUGAGAAGCUCCCACAAGAGCAGCACUCAGAGGGAAGUGUCUGUGCAAGAAUAGGGUGGUUACUUUUGCUGACAGGCAAGGUGCAGCAGGCAAUUCCUUACUUGGAAAGUGCUGCUGAAAGAAUGAAAGAAAGCUUUGGUCCCAAGCAUUUUGGAGUAGGUUAUAUUUACAACAAUUUGGGGGCUGCAUAUUUAGAGCUGGAUAGACCCCAGUCAGCGGCGCAGAUGUUUGCAGUAGCAAAGGAUAUCAUGGAUGUGUCCCUUGGUCCACAUCAUGCAGAUACAAUUGAAGCUUGUCAAAACCUUUCAAAGGCUUAUGGUGAGAUGGGAAGCUAUGUCCUUGCAGCUGAGUUUCAACAGCAAGUUAUUGAUGCUUGGGCAAGCCAUGGAGCAAGUGCAGAAGAUGAACUUGGAGAAGCCCGCCGACUUCUUGAAGAGUUAAAGAAAAAAGCCCGCGAUGCCUCUGCAAAUGUUCCUAUGAAGGCUUUGCCCUUACCUUAUACACCUGAAGCAUCCAGGAGCUCCCAGCCUGACAUACCAUUACAGAAGCCCCGAGCAGUUUAGCAGUCUUCUUUCAUAUUGUCAUUGCAGAUUCUAAUCAAUAUUUAUAGCACUGGUAAUUCGUUUGCUGGUUUUGAUUUCCUCACAGAUUUAUCGAGUUAAUUAAUUCAUAUUUUUAGGGUUUCCACUAUAUUAAUCAUAUUUUUUUCUUUUGUAUUCUAAAUCAGUACUUGGUUUUUGUCAUUACAUAUGGGAAAUAUGGAACUUCUCAUUGAUUAAUAUAAUACCUCCCUUAUUUGUUUCUAA